AUGUCUUUGUAUGUUGCGAAAGACUCCGACUUCAAACCUGUGCGUUACACAAGAUUAGCUCCAUGCGAGCGGAAACCUGAAGGGGAUAUCAACUGCCCUGGCAUUCGUCGCAAUGGAAGCACACGGCUUCGACAAGCUCAACUCGUCCUAACCAGAAUUCUAAGAAUCUUUGAUCUUAUAGCUAAAAAGCAUGGCAUAAGAUACUGGUUGCACAGAGGGACUUUAUUAGGCGCUGCACGUCAUAAUGGACACGUCCCUUUCGACAACGACAUAGAUAUAUGUAUUCCUAAAGCAGACUAUGAGAAGUUUGUUAAAUACGGCGUCAAAGAACUUCCUGAGGAUAUAUUUUUUCAAACGGAAGAAACGGACCGCCACUGGGGAAUUCUACCUUUUAGCGGCUUACUCGGAAAAUUGCGGGACACGCGGAGUUGCUAUGGCUGUGGCAGCAGUAGUUGUAAACACAAAAAUGGCUUACAA